GCUCAUCUCGCUGUAGCGGCAUUGCAUGGGCGUGAUCUUAUGUUGUGAAGAGUAGAUGAGUAGGUUCACCCUUACGUAGAUGCUUUACACUUUGAAAGUGACGUUCGAGACAUUUUAAAGUGCUUAUGUUUCCUACAUAUCAAAAAAUUCGACACGAGGGAGGUAGAACCGAGCAUUGAGGGUAGUUUGGUAGGGCAAGGGGAAGCAAAUGACGGAGUAUAAGUUGGUCGUGGUUGGAGCUGGAGGCGUUGGUAAAAGUGCCUUGACAAUUCAGCUCAUACAAAACCAUUUUGUUGAAGAGUAUGAUCCUACAAUUGAGGAUUCAUACCGUAAGCAGGUAGUGAUCGACGGCGAGACAUGUCUGCUAGAUAUCCUGGACACAGCCGGUCAAGAGGAGUACAGUGCCAUGAGGGACCAGUACAUGAGGACUGGAGAAGGCUUCCUCUGUGUCAUGGCCGUCAAUAAUCAAAAAUCCUUUGAAGAUAUUAACCAGUACCGUGAGCAGAUAAAACGAGUCAAGGAUGCAGAUGAAGUACCCAUGGUCUUGGUGGGGAACAAGGUUGACCUUCAGACUCGACACGUGGAUGCUAAACUUGCUAAACAGGCAGCAGAUGUGUACGGAAUACCGUAUGUGGAGACGUCAGCCAAAACAAGACAAGGCGUCGAUGACGCUUUCUAUACAUUAGUUAGGGAAAUACGAAAACAUAAAGAAAAGAAGGGUAGAGAAAAGAAGAAGAAAAAGAAGCUUCCAUGUGAAGUGUUGUAAAUUGUUAUAUUUUCCUAAUUUUUUUUCCACCUUUUUUUUUUCUUUUUUUCUUUUUUUUUCACCUCUUAUCUGUUUUCUUUUUCUGUUGGGAGGGGGCAUCUGUACUUGUUAUUAUAAUGAUAAACUCAUGUAACACACAGACUGGUCUCACGUUGGUAGAUCAGUCAGAAACCAAGCACAUGGGGGAGAUAACUCUUCCAGACUUAUUUUUGUACCUAUAUUACUAAUAACCCGUGUCAUAAAUCUGUUGUAGACAGGCGUGUAGUUGCCAAAGUAAAAUUAUGCUAGUAGGUUUUUUGCAUUGUAGCGAUGCCAGGAUUGUAUGGUGGAAAUAGCCAUGAUUAUCAAAAUGAUACAGAGUAUCAUUGUGCAAGACAUUUCUUUUCGUGAUAAAUGAAUGCCAGUUUAACUGGAGUAGCCUCCCUCAAGGACUGGAUAUUUCACAGCUAUAUUGUUGACUGUAAUAACUGACACAUCUGUUUUGGUCAGAAUCUGUUAUUAUAUCAGGUUGUUACUCAGCAUGUUUAUUAAGGAGGCAUGUGGAUAGCACUGGCUCAACCUAUGCACUUUGUUGCAGACAACAUAUUCUUUCUCCCCUACUGUGCUAUAGCUUAUGUUCAGUUAAGCUUCUGUGAUUUCUACCCAUUUAUUUACAUCAUCUGGAGCUUCUUUUGUUUUUUUUAAUCCCAAAAUUAGAAUCAUGACAAGCAAAUAAUAUGAAACUCGGAUCCUUAUAUUUUCAUUGUCAUUGUCACACGUUAUCUAUAAAUGACUUUGUCUUGAGGAGAAUGUGAGAACAAUAAUCUCAACAUGAUUAUGUUGCAGUUUUUGUCAUCAUAAUGUGUUGUGCAUUUCUUUUUGUAAAAACUGAUUGAGAGCUCUCACUGAAAACCCAGGAAACGGAAUUGAGCUUCUCUCGCACACUGGUGGCACAGCGUGUAUUAAACACAGAUAUCAUUUGGAUAUACUGUGUAGUUUUAUAUCUCACAAAGAAAAGUUCCAUUAACCAUGAUGUAUUCAGCAAAAAAUUACUUCAAUAGUUCUGUAGGCAUCAAAGUACCUUGUCUUGUUUUUUUCUUUUUUUGGUGAAAAUAUGAAGAAAGGGGUGUUGGUGCCUGGUUUAGUUUUUUGUGUUUACCUCAGGUUUGAUGUCAAUAUGCGCACUAUUUGUUGGGGCAAUGAUAUUGAGAACUUUGAUAGCAUUCACAGGCUAACUAGAAUGUUGAUUUCUUCCACAGUGUGAAUGAAAAUUAUUGGUCAAUUUAGCAUUGUUUCGUUUAGCUCAUUGAUUUGCUUGGUUUAGGUUAUGUGUAAAAAAAAGGAUGCCCACUUGAGAGCUACUGGGAUGCUCACAACCCUUCUUAGUGGAAAACUUUGGCCUGAUACAAGUCAGUCCAAGCAGUGAAACGCCACUGUUUCUGUGUAAUUCUGCUUUGAACAAAGAGGUAGUUCACAAGCACUGCCUCAUAUCAUAGGAGAAUUACAUGCUGUAGGCAGGAAAUGUUGACUGAUCAUGACCAUUAGGCUAGAAAUUUAAAGAAUGUGACGGGGAUAAAGGUUUGUUGAUCUCUUAAAUGGAUUACAUUUGGUUUAUGAAUUGGGCAUUCUCUUCAGUCUUGGCAAGUUGUAUUUGGGGGGAGUUGGGACACUUUCCGUGGUUUGUGAAAUAUCUGUUGUUUGUUAUCAAAUUGCCUCAUCACUUUGAUUUGUACAGUAUGUUAUAUUGUUAUUUCAGAGAUCUAAUUGUUAAAUUUGUUUAAAAAGGGGGUUGGCAAAUGCUGUUAUUGCUAUCUUGGUCUUGCAAACUGAAAGACUGUCAUACGAAACAGUCAUUGGUCAAAUUCUCCUUAAAUGGUAUGUGUCAAUUUCUUCCUCCUUUUUUUGCAAUGAUAAGGUUCCUAACAGCUACAUUAUCUCCCCAAUCCUCCAGAACAUCGAAUAUCAAGAUGGAUAUUGUCAGUGAUAAGUUUGAAAUAGAUGUUCAAUAAACUAAUUUGCUCUUCAUUUGCCUCAAGAAAUGAAGUCAACAAGAGCUAUUAAAUGAAAUUUUUAUGGCUGGAGAGAUUUUAUCCAGCAGUUCAUGUAUGUAUAAUAAAUUGACUUAUAUUCCUACAAUUUUCAUCUGGCAUGAGAUGUAAUUCAUCGGUUGUUGGCUACGGGUGAGCUUUCGGCCAGGUUAGUGGAUUCCAUGUGCUUUGUUGAUGUAUAAACAAGUGUUUAUUGUAUGCUCUAUACCCAGGUUCCAUUUGAUGUAUAACAAAACAGCUGGUAGGUUGUGGAAAUAUAGCAUAUGUUCAGCAGAUUAAGAGAAUGUGGAAAGUGCUCAGACUUACGUGACCAGGGGUCAGUUGUUCAAACAUCUUACCAAGAUAUAAUUCUUUAGUCUCGAGAAUGGCGUAGAUUGAUCCUACUAUAUACACACACACA